AUUGUGGCUGAAGUUCUCAGUUUCGGGCUCACGUAGAUUCGUUUGGUUUGAUGCCAUUGGCGAAGACUUUGCUGUAGGCCACACCGCGUACAGUCUGAGUCAAUAACCUACGAGCGACUUCGAGGCAGCGUUAGCAAAGGUUCCUCUACGCACCAUGCGUUGGCUCUCCGUGCCGUCACAGAGUACAGCCAUGUUGUUCAUGUGGCUGGCUGUUGGGACCAUGGCUGCUACGUUUGGGGCUUGCUAUGGAUUGUGGUUAUCGCGUGGAUGCAUUGCUUUCAUGCCUUUCAUUUCGGAUCUAGGUCUACACGGAAGCAUGAAGACGGUGUUCACUUUGGGCCUCCUUGCAUGUGGAGUUUUCAUGCUCUGCGUUCUCCCACACAUUGUAGUUGCCCGUCAGUCCUUACUUUCCAUUCUUCUGUUGCACAGGCACUGGCAUAAUGUCAACAUCAUGAUCGGUGUUGCCGGUGCGGCGACUGCCUUAGGAGUAGGAGCACUGGGCUUCUUCCCGUGGGACAAGCGUCUUGAUGUCCAUCUAGUCUGUGCUGACGUUAUCUUUGGCGGCGGCCUCGUUUGGGCGGUUGGUAGCUGGGUGCUGGCCCGGCGUUUUGCAAGCGCGUCAUGCGGGAAGUAUGCACGUCACACUUGGGAUUCAUGUCGCCGCAGGCGGCAAUUGCAGCUGCCCGUGGCGGUCGCAAGCAUCUGCGUUCUCGUCGUUGCGAAUCUCUGUUUUGUCGGUGCCUACCUCAGCGACCCAGCGGUGUUCACGACGCUCGGCCUUCGCCGCACGCUGGAGCUAGCGAACGCCAACUUUGGCGGGUACUGUAGCGGCAAUGUUGGCUGGCAUGGAAUGGCUUGGGUCAAUAUGGUGGCAUUGUCUGAGUGGGUCUACGUUGCCUUGCUCGCCAUUGGCGUUGUGCUGGGAGCUGCUGACUUUGAGGCGCAUGUUGCCCUACAGCAGGAUAUCGACGCAGUGCUUCCAACAUCGACCGAAGAUGAGGGCUCGAAAUGGUGGCACUUUCUGUGACUCGCUGGCAAGAUAGUAGGUGCAUGAGGCGCUGCGCUGCGAAAAUACCUGAGAGAGAGUGUGGACAUGCAAACGAUAAUGCGUCUGAUGAGCUGCCUCCAACGUCACUAGCACUUGUGGCCACAGCGAAACUGCUGUGCACAUUGAAUUGUACAGUCGCACUGGGAAUCGUAAAAGAAAAAUGCUUCUCCAAACCGCCAGCUUGCGAGGAUCGGUUAUCAUCCCGAGUCAGGCGUUCAGCUUGCAAGUGGUAGGUGAUCCGUUCUCCCGCCAUACAUGCCGAUGUCAGUCCUGCUCAGUUGUCGCCUCCGGUCAGUCUGUAGCCAAUCGUUGCGUACAAUACCACGUAUCAGCAUCAUCGGAUUGGCAUGUGCAGCCUUCGUGGGAAAUUUGGCCAAGUACAUCCACGAGAGGGCAAGCUACCCUGAGCAAUCUAAACUGGCCGAAUUUAGCCGGUGAGCUCAACGAGGACGAGGGCUUUCAGCUCAGGGUUGCGCCUGGUUUGCACGGAUCAAGAACCCAG